UACUACUCAAUGGGUGUCAUCGUUGGCCGGCUGGCUGCUUGGCUCGUUUUCUCUCUUCUCUUAAUUUUCCCGGAAAAUUUCUUAAAGCUACAAAACCAAGAGAAGUUUUUUUUUUUUUAAUUUUAAUCCUUCCGUCCGCGACCCCCUAAAGGAAUCGAUUGCACAUUUCUCCCUUCUCGUCUGCGCAAUCUCCUAAAUAGCAGGAGAGGGAAGAUCGUGAGCUGCAUCAAAAUCAGCGAUCAGCGGAGGAGAGGGAGGUGGUGUACCAAUGGGUCAAGCCUUUCGGAAGCUCUUUGAUUCUUUCUUCGGCAACACCGAGAUGCGGGAACUCGGAUAUGACGUUGGUUAUUCCAGUUCUUGAUUGAUUCUUAUUCUUAUUGCUGGCCUAGGUUGUGAUGCUGGGACUGGAUGCAGCUGGUAAAACAACUAUACUUUACAAGCUACACAUUGGAGAAGUUCUAUCUACGGUCCCGACAAUAGGUUUCAACGUGGAGAAAGUACAAUAUAAGAAUGUGGUGUUCACUGUUUGGGAUGUUGGAGGCCAGGAAAAAUUACGACCACUUUGGAGGCAUUAUUUCAAUAAUACUGAUGGCUUGAUAUAUGUGGUUGAUUCCUUGGACAGAGAGAGGAUUGUCAAAGCCAAGGCAGAGUUUCAGGCCAUAAUCAAAGAUCCGUUUAUGCUUAACAGUGUCAUCUUGGUGUUUGCCAACAAACAGGAUAUGAAAGGUGCAAUGACUCCAGCGGAAGUAGGCCAAGGGUUGGGCCUAUUCGAACUCAAAAACAGAAAAUGGCACAUACAAGGGACGUGUGCGCUAAAGGGAGAUGGGUUAUACGAGGGCCUGGACUGGUUAUCUAGUACUCUGAAAGAGAUGAGAGCUGCUGGAUACUCUUCAGUUGGACCCUCAGCAUUCUGAAAUUCCAGAUCGCGUGGAUACCGGUUCUUAGUGAAGCAACUGGAGAUUGAUUCCAUGGAAGUGGCCAAUUUGUAGAUUUUUGCGCGGUUUUGUCUCCCUUGUACUUCCGUAGUUGCCUGAUGUGACUUUCACUUCGAUCGGUGUAUAUAUUGGAAAGAUGUAUAAUUCGCAUCCUAACUCAGGGUUUCUUCAAAUCUGGUUUAGACUUUCACUUUGAUUACGGCCUUGUAAUAUGGUCAUCACUUUGAUUACGGCCUUGUAAAGGGUGAGAAUUUGGAGCGGAUAGAAUGGAUUUCAGUAGAAAGGAAUCGAUCUAUGAAGUGCAAAUUCUAUGGAAUGGGAGUUCAAUGGCAUUCUUUUCUAAAUUGGGUCAUUUGAUGAAUUGUAAAAGCCAAUUGGAUCUUUUCCAGCAUUGGUGGCUGCUUUGUAAUGAGAGAAAAUUUGGGUAUCAAAUAGUAAGUU